AUGGCCGAUAAUACUCGCUUAAAAAAUCCACUUGCUCCUGUUACAGCUGCUGUUUCAAAGAUAGCAGCUUCAAAUGUUGUACAAGAAACACGAAAUUUAUUAUUUCAUCACAUACAUAACACAAAGGAAAAUAAAGAAGUCUUUGCGGAUUUUGUAACGAUAAUUCGUUCAAAACCACUCAGCAAAUUAUCCAAAGUAGAAAAGGAAGCACAUAGAAAAAAACUUGAAGAUACGUGUAGAACACUAUUAACGCGACUAAGUAAUGUUGGCCUAAAGUAUGAGGUUCGACGUGGAUCCGAAGACUUGAUAUUUGUAUUUAUUUUAUGUCCUCUUGAUAGGCUUAAGCAAGAAAGUGAAAGGUCAAGAAUCCAUGAUUGGCUUGUAGGUGCUCGUAUUCGCGAUAUUGAUGAAGAUACGGAGGGGCCUCUAACAGAUGCAGAACGAUUGCGCCUUGUACAUGAUAUAAUUACCAACCCUGCUUCCGAAGGAGGUGCCGACAUUAAUCCAGGGUUAGGUGAAUUUGAAUUGGUUGAAGGUUUUUUACCACUUCAAGAUAGAUCCUACAACGAGGCUUGGAUGAUAACCUGGUCAACAAAAUGGUUGAUUGAAAAAGAAGACUUACUUCAACUAAGAAAUCAUUUUGGUGAAAAAAUUGCAUAUUAUUUUGCAUUCCUUCGAUUUUAUUUUCAAUGGCUUGUUAUACCAGCAAUUGCCGGACUAGCGACAUAUUAUUCUGGUGCACAUUAUUCAAUACCAUUUAGUAUAUUCAUUGUUAUUUGGUCAGUUACAUUUGUCGAAUUCUGGCGUCGUAAAGAAUAUGAGUUGGCUGUGUGGUGGGGAGUUCGUCAUUUUUCACGCGUAGAAAGACGCAGACCUGAAUUUAGGAAAGAAGGCUCUAUCAAAAAUCCCAUUACCGGUGAAGAAGUUCCAUAUUUUUCUCCGUGGAGAAGAUGGCUAAGGAGGACCCUCGCAGUGCCUAUUUUCCUUCCGACCAUUGUAUACUGCCUGUUAAUCCCGACUUUGAAUAGUUACUAUAUCAAAAUCGCAAAACGACUAAAUGACUAUGAAAACUAUGAUACAGAGUCACGCUAUGAAUUCAAUUUAACACAAAAAAUUUUCGUGGCUAAUUUUCUGAUUAGUUACUUGUCGAUACUCUUUAUAGGAUGGAUUUACGUCCCAUUCAAUAAAGAAAUUGGUUAUUUCUUUCAAGAAUUAUUCAAUUGGUUUGGCUUUUCGACGACUGUUAAGAAAAUCGGUCCGGAAAGGCUUGUGACUGAAUUAAAAUAUUUUGUCCUGACAGCUCAAGUGUUGAACAUGUUUAUGGAGCUUAUCUUACCAUAUUUGAUUCGAUUUGGAUCAUUUAGUAUGAAAAGGAUUCAAAAUAAUGGUGCUACUAAAGAUGGUGGGAGAAACGAAGAUGAAUCUGCAUUCUUAAAGAGAGUUAGGAAAGAAGUGAAGUUGCCAGUUUAUCAAAUUUAUGAAGAUUAUGCGGAAAUGAUCACUCAGUAUGGCUAUGUAAGCUUGUUUUCUGCAAUUUGGCCAUUGACGCCAUUAUUCGCGCUCAUAAACAAUUGGAUUGAACUCCGUUCUGAUGCAAUAAAAUUAUGCGAGCAUACAAGGAGACCAAUUCCUAAAAGAGCUGAUACUAUUGGGCCAUGGCUUGAUAAUCUAGUGAUUCUUACAUGGUUUUCAUCAAUUACAAAUCCAUCUCUUAUUUACAUAUAUCAUUCGGACAUCAAGGACCUUUCAUCUCCUUUAUCAAUUAUGGUAGUCAUCACUCUUAUUUGGUUUUCCGAACAUAUUUUCAACGUAGUUCAUUAUCUUAUAAAACAAAUGUUGGCGGCUCUACCAAGUGAGGCAAAUGAUCGCGUAGAAAAAGAGGAGUAUGAGUUGAAAAAACGAUUAUUAGAAAAGGCUGGAAUAUUUUCGGGUUCAUCACAUCAUGAAUACGAAAAUGAUGAAUCAAUGAAGAAAAGGGAAAACAGUGAAUGGUUCUGGCAUUCAGACCAUGCGCCUAAUAUUGAGGAAGCAUUACAAGAAAUAAUGCAGGAUAAGACGGAAUAA